AUCAUAACAUCCACAACAGUAGCAGAGGGACCGAGAAGGGGUGUACCGGGGGUCAACAGCUGACCAGGGGCAGCGAGAAGCGCAGCCCCUACAGCCCCCGCCCGCCCCAAGCCGGCCUUGAUAACGCCCGGGGUCAGGGAACUGAGGCAGCCGCGGGACAUUGCGGGAUACAGAGGGGCAUGAGAAAGGAACCGCGCACCGCGCGAGGCACUAUGGGAUACAGAGGGGCAGACGAGCCGUAAUUUUCCGCGAGGCAUUAUGGGAUACUGGGAGGGAGGGUUGUAAUCCUCACCACCUCCACGCCACGUUCCAAGCGUAAACGUGAUCCCGCCCCCUCGCCGGAUGUGGAGUUACGUAGCGUGGGCCCGCCUCGGUCCGAUCCUUUUUUCUACCUCUAAGGCUGAGACGUUUUUCCGGGCUUCGCUUCCCUUUACGACUCUGCGGCUUCGCCCCGCCCUCCACCUCCCCCACCCGGAGGAAGUGAGACAGCGAGUUUCCCCGCUGUUUUACGACAGGGCAGGCCGCGCUGCGGCGCUUUACGGCGCCAGGAGCUGCGCGCGCACCCCACGUUCCUUCCCGGUCAGCCACCGUAGAGUGGCUGGCGGCCCCGGCACUGCACCUGGAACGAUCCGUCUCCAUCAGGACCGGCCACGACCUGAUCAGGUUUUAGAAGAUGGCGAAAUUCAUGACUCCAGUGAUCCAGGACAACCCCUCAGGUUGGGGUCCCUGUGCAGUCCCUGAACAAUUUCGGGACAUGCCCUAUCAGCCCUUCAGUAAAGGAGAUCGGCUGGGAAAGGUUGCAGACUGGACAGGGGCCACCUACCAGGAUAAGAGGUACACGAAUAAGUAUUCCUCCCAGUUUGGUGGUGGAAGUCAGUAUGCUUAUUUCCACGAGGAGGAUGAGACCAGCUUCCAACUAGUGGACACAGCCCGGACCCAGAAGACAGCUUACCAAAGGAAUAGGAUGAGGUUUGCCCAGAGGAAUCUUCGGAGGGACAAGGACCGUCGGAACAUGUUGCAGUUCAGCCUGCAGACUUUGCCCAAGAGCGCCAAGCAGAAAGAGAGAGACCGCAUCCGCCUCCAAAAGAAGUUCCAGAAGCAGUUUGGAGUAAGGCAGAAAUGGGACCAAAAGUCCCAGAAGCCCCGAGACUCUUCUGUCGAGGUUAGGAGUGACUGGGAAGUGAAGGAAGAAAUGGAUUUUCCUCAGUUAAUGAAGAUGCGUUACUUGGAGGUGUCGGAGCCACAGGACAUUGAGUGCUGUGGGGCCCUGGAAUAUUAUGACAAAGCCUUUGACCGGAUCACCACAAGGAACGAGAAGCCCCUGCGGAGCAUCAAGCGCAUUUUCCACACUGUCACCACAACCGAUGACCCUGUCAUCCGAAAGCUGGCAAAGACUCAGGGCAAUGUCUUCGCCACAGACGCCAUCCUGGCCACACUGAUGAGCUGCACGCGCUCGGUCUAUUCCUGGGAUAUUGUCGUCCAGAGGGUCGGGUCCAAGCUCUUUUUUGACAAAAGGGACAACUCAGACUUUGACCUCCUGACUGUGAGCGAAACUGCCAAUGAGCCCCCUCAGGAUGAAGGCAACUCCUUCAACUCUCCACGUAACCUUGCCAUGGAGGCUACCUACAUCAACCACAACUUCUCCCAGCAGUGCCUGAGGAUGGGAAAGGAAAGAUACAAGUUUCCCAACCCAAAUCCCUUUGUAGAGGAUGACAUGGACAAGAAUGAGAUUGCCUCCGUGGCGUACCGGUACCGCAGGUGGAAGCUCGGUGACGACAUCGACCUCAUCGUCCGCUGUGAGCACGACGGCGUGAUGACGGGGGCCAAUGGAGAGGUGUCCUUCAUCAACAUCAAGACCCUCAAUGAGUGGGAUUCCAGGCACUGCAAUGGCGUGGACUGGCGUCAGAAGCUGGACUCUCAGCGCGGGGCGGUCAUCGCCACAGAGCUGAAGAACAACAGCUACAAGCUGGCACGCUGGACCUGCUGUGCACUGCUGGCCGGAUCUGAGUACCUCAAGCUUGGGUAUGUGUCCCGCUACCACGUCAAAGACUCAGCUCGUCACGUCAUCCUGGGCACCCAGCAGUUCAAGCCCAAUGAGUUUGCCAGCCAGAUCAACCUGAGUGUGGAGAAUGCCUGGGGCAUCCUGCGCUGCGUGAUCGACAUCUGCAUGAAGCUGGAAGAGGGCAAGUACCUCAUCCUCAAGGACCCCAACAAGCAAGUGAUCCGCGUCUACAGCCUGCCCGACGGCACCUUCAGCUCUGACGAGGACGAUGACAAUGAGGAUGAGGAGGAGGAGGAGGAAGAGGAAGAAGCAUGAGUGGAUGCACACACCCCCGGCAAAUCUUCCUCCUCUUUGCCUGCAAGGGACUGGAGGACACCUUGAGGAUUGGCCUUGUCUACACACAGUGAGGUUUAAUAGGUGAAAUAAAAGAAGCCUAGUUAAUCUGUUUA